AAAUACGAGUAUACAACGUGUACGUGGAUGUUUCAAACUUCUUGACUCAGUCAGUGCGAUCGAACGUUCAAUGAACUUGACGAAAUUAUGGUUAGAUGAGGACAUAUCCAGGGUGCCGUGAAAUAAUUGAAAGAAAAUGUGAAAAUCUAGAAAAACCGCGAGUUUUAUCAAUUAAGUUUUGAUGAAAUAAAGAUAAGACUGUUGUCAACAAGUACGUGUACUUCGGGGAUAUGAAUAUGAAAAGAAAUGGUACUGUCGCGGGUACUGAUAAGAAAAAAAGUGUUUUGUGGGCCUACGUGUAUUGGUUCUUCGGGGGAAUUUUCGGGCUGCACCUCUUUUAUUUGGAAAGGGAUGCGCAUGCUUUCCUUACUUGGAGUACUUUGGGGGGAUAUGGAUUGGGGUGGCUGGCAGAUAUCACCAAUUAUAGAAAUUAUGCAAUUAUUGCACCGGUAUUGCAGCCGCCAUUUUCAUCCAGCAGAUUCAUAUCUGCUAUCAUGGUUGGAUAUCUGUGGGGCCAACUGGUUAUGCUAGCUAUUCCUGAAGAUGAAUUUGGAGGAAUCAACUGGAACUACAUGUUACAUUGGUUUAUACCAUUAGCAGUUGGUCUAGGAGUCUGGAUUGUCGGUAACAUAGGUCGAGAACAAGGCAAACCGUGGAUAGCAAUUGGAACUUCUUACAUCACAUACGCUUCUCGAUGGUACUUCUUUGAUGAGAGCAUUUGGCUUACUCUCAUGGUGUUCUCUGCUGGACUAGCAUUCGACACGUUUUCCAAGCAGUGGAGGCAAAAACCGAGAGAAAAAAAGUCCUUCGUGAGAAGAAUGAUUGUGCUGAUUCUUUGUGCUAUGUUAUAUUGCGGUUUGUGGAGUUCAUAUUUCUACUUCAAUGGCAAAAUAACUGAUUCAAAUGGUGACGAAAUCCCAGUAAACGAAGCUAUCCAUCAUUUCUUCACGUCUCCUUGGUGGACCGAUUUGAAGCAGUCGCUGUAUGAUAUAUAUAUUUAUGCGCAGCACCACGGAUGGUACGAAAUUUGGAAACAAGUCAUCGAUCUUUCUGAUCCACAAGGAGAGCAGAAUGCCUACAAAGUCCUAGGUGUUGGUCCAACCUCUAGUCAAAGUGAAAUUACCGCUAGAUGGCGGGCUUUGAGCAGAGAAUUCCACCCGGACAAGGUGAAAGAUCCCGACAAACAGAGGGAUGCUCAGGAAAAAUUUAUGGAGAUACAGCAGGCUUACGAUAUUCUCUCGAAUAUUAAAAACAAAAGGAAAAGGAAAAACAAAAAGUCUGUCAGAGAGGAUGAGUUGUGAUUUGGAGACAUUCUUUUUUCUCAGUUUUGUUGAUGUUAAAUGCAUGCAAAUUUCAAUAAUACUCUACAAAGUUUGAUGUUUUAAUUAGUUGAAGUGUAUUUGAGAUCUGAAUUACUAAAUGGAAUAUAUGAAAUGUUGUUGAGUGGAA